AUGACAGAAUUCAAUGAUAAAGUCUGGGGCUUGCUACCACUGAGUAACACUUUCUAUGUAGAGAGUGAAAAGGCCAGAAAAAUGACAGAAUACAAUGAUAAAGUCUGGGGCUUGCUACCACUGAGUGCGGGAUGGAUGCCAACAAUUCUUCGAGCAGGUAGAGGAAUGACCUUGUGGGAAAAGGCCAGACUAGAUCCACCAUCCAAGAAAUUGGAACUUUUCUCAUACGAGAACAAUCCGUAUGCAAGACUUGUGCGUGAGGCACUGUGUGAAUUGGAGCUUCCAUAUAUCCUUCAAAAUGUCGGAACAGGGUCUCUGCGAAAAAAGUUACUACUUGAUGCAUCUGGAUUCCAAGAUGUGCCUUACUUGAUUGAUCCAAACACCGGCGCUGAAAUUGGUGACUACAAGAAGAUCAUGGCUUAUUUUCGAAUCGAAGCCACUCAAACAAAACCACCGAAAACCCUUUUUCCCACCACCAAAUCCUUAACAAAUCCAUCCAAUGGCCGCCUCUCUCUCCAUUUCCAGACUCCUCCUCUCCUCUCCAACCCCAAUUUCCACCACCACAACUGCUGCCGCCGCCAAAUCCCUCCUCUCCUCCAAAGUCUCCUUCUCCUCUCUCCCCUCAAACCCAACCGCCUUCCUAAACCCCUCAAAACCGCCACUAGAAAAUUCUCUACUAUCUCCGCCACCAUUUCCGUCGGGGACAAACUCCCGGACUCCACUCUCUCCUACUUUGACUCCGAAGGAGAACUCCAAACCACCACAAUCUCCUCCCUUACAUCCGGCAAAAAAUCAAUCCUGUUCGCCGUCCCAGGCGCCUUCACCCCAACAUGCUCUCAAAAACACCUUCCAAGUUUCGUGGAGAAAUCCGCAGAGCUAAAGUCAAAAGGGGUUGACACAAUCGCGUGUAUAUCAGUCAACGAUGCGUUUGUGAUGAAAGCAUGGAAGGAGAAUUUGGGGAUCAAAGACGAUGCAGUGCUGCUUUUGUCUGAUGGAAAUGGGGAUUUUACGAGGGCAAUUGGGUGUGAGUUGGAUUUGAGUGAUAAGCCAGUUGGGCUGGGAGUGAGGUCAAGAAGGUAUUCAUUGUUGGCUGAAGAUGGAGUUGUCAAGGUUCUUAACUUGGAGGAAGGUGGAGCUUUUACUUCCAGUGGAGCUGAGGACAUGCUUAAAGCCCUUUGA